UUAUAUGCUUACAUUUAACGCCGUCAGAUCUCUCUUCUCUCUACACGUCCAAGGUCCUCUCUGCUCCGUCUACGGGUAGAAAAUGGUAAUCACACUGCAUUUGGGCAUUACUACGCUCCUUGAACUUGGAUAAGUCUGCGCGUCGUUCUGAACGCCUGUGCAUGUGCCGACACCGUGCCAUGCAAAGCAUUUCUAAGUAACCCUAGUAGCUGUGCCUCCGAGUCGGUGGCCAAGACCUCACCUUUGGAUCAGGAACUUGGCUUACAUGUCGUAAGAUGGGGCCCGUCGUUAGAGAUCAGAGACAUUAACAAGUAGACGCUAAAUUUACCACGUCUUCUACGCUUGCACUGCAUUCAGCGCAAGUAAGGUGAGUCCCACUAACACAGGCUUCAAUAUUUCUGCAUAGGUAGUUACACCUUCAUUUCUCUCCCCCAGUCCAACGCUAAGGUUGACAAACCUCGUACUGGGCGAACAUCGCUGUGAUAUACUGAUCUUGUUCAAUCGUCGGAUCACAAAAACUCCAGGGCGGAGGAGGAGUGGCUGUGAGAACCCUCAGAUUCCUUCGUUUCCUUGAGGCACCAAGGCGACCAGAGCAUGGCCUCGCGCUUGUUUUACCUUCCUUUAAAAAGCAUGUUAAUAUGUUCCUUCACGCACUAGCCUACUGCGUGCUCUAUGCAGGUCUUGGGCUUGCAGUAACCAUUCCCGUUGAGCGCAGAGAUGCGCCCCAUGCCAUGACAGUUCACAUUGCUUCUACGGACGCCGACCCAUAUGGUUUCAAAAACGUCCACGGCACCUUCUACUCAGGAAGGAUAAUGGUUGCUGGAGAGCCUUUCGAUGUACUUCUUGACACAGGCUCGACCGAUCUUUGGUUGGAUACGAAGGGUGUGAACCUCUCCGGUGUGAAGGAUACUGGCGUUUUUGGAGGCGUUAUAUACGAGGACGGCAGGUCUGUUGCAGGGAAUAUCACGCAGGUGGAUAUUUCCUGGGGCAACUUCUCUGUCAAGGAUCAGGUUUUCAUCAAUGCGCCUGGAACAAACGCUACAAGUGGUCAGUUCGACGGACUAUUGGGUUUGGGGCCACCUUCGUUAGCCUUUGUGCCUCAAUUCCUACAAAACGCAAGUUCAACUGUCAAUUCUAUGAAUUUGCUUGACAAUAUUUUCAGCCUGUAUCCUGAUGAGUCCAACUAUAUCACAUUCCUCCUUUCUCGCAGCAUUGUUGGCACUGUUGACGGAGGAGAUUUCACCAUUGGUGAGAUUACACCCGGUUAUGAGGCCAUUUCAAAAGCACCACAACUUCUUGUUGAAUCUGACCGAUGGUUGACUUUCAUGGAUGCCAUGAUCAUCAAUGGUAAACGUGUGACAGGCGAGUCCGUUGGGUAUCAAGGUAUUCAGGUACCUAAAGGGAAGACUACCGCUAUUUUUGAUACCGGAAUAACCCUUGACAUUGCCCCUCGAUCCUUCGUGGAUGCAAUGUUUAAGGAUAUCCCCGGAGCAGAGUUUGAUGAUGAUUUUGGACUUUAUAGGAUUCCCUGUGAUGCGAAAGUCAACGUUAGCUUGGUUUUCGGGGAUGACGUUUAUCCCAUCCAUCCGAUGGACAUCGUUGCUCCACUUGCUGUUAAUGGCAGCGACCCUAUUUGUUUUGGAGGGUUCCUGGCGGCGCCUGAGAUGACCACCUUUGGCGACUUCCAAUUCGGCGAUAUUGUUCUUCGUAACCUCUACACCUUGUUUGACUUUGGAAAGUGGGCUAGAGUCGGCGACUCUCAGCCAUUCAUUCAAAUUAUCAGCCUUACUGAUGCCGACAAGGCAUGGGCAGAGUUUGACACCAUGAACCCAAUGCGACUUCAGGAAUUCGUUGCAUCAAACCCCCUGUCCAUAACGAGCACUACGAGUGGCGCUCCCGCACUUCCAUCGUCCACUAGCGAUACCACAGCUGCGGGCGCACUGUCAGAUGAUGAUAGUACUUCGUCGUCGGACUUGACUGCUCUCAUCCGAAACUCGUACAUCAUUAUUGGUUUGCUUGGGUUUGCUAUCUUGAUGCUUGUUGCUCUGGUCCUUGUGACGUUCGUGAAGUCGCGGACGCCUAGUGGCAAGCGGUACCGAGGGCUCAAGGAGGCUUACCCACCAACUCAUGAGGAGCAGCCUAUCCGAUAUUCCGACUAGUCGUGAUCCAAUUCCACAGUGGAUGACUCAGUCAAUCGUUCCUUUGGACUACAUCAGUGUAGCAUCAUUAUAUUACCAUUUGUGUUGCUUUCAGUGUAUUGUCUUGGACAUUUGUAUUUACUCCUCGUCUAUUUUAGCUUCCUUGACCAGCGGACAGAUCUAAACGUGUUGUAGAACGCUGCGAUUGGUUGGAGUUCCCUUUGGCCUUUGUUGGGGCAUGCUUGUUCGUG